GAAUCGAGGUUCGGCGCGGGCGGGGACGAGAAGCAGCGCUCGGGCACGCGGGGACGGCGGCCGGCGCGGGCGGGCGCGGCCUUUGUCUCCUCCUCUGGCGCGCUCCGUGGCUGCACCCGCCCCAUGAGCCCGCGGUCCCCCAGCGCCUGAGCCGCCCGCAGCCCCUGACCUGCCCUGCCCUCGCAAUGGCCGAAACUGCCUCCGGCACCGGGGGUACGUCCCUGGAGGGUGAGCGUGGCAAGAGGCCCCCGCCGGACGGCGAGCCUGCAGCCCCGGCGUCCGGAGUUCUGGAUAAGCUUUUUGGGAAGCGGCUCCUGCAGGUGGGUCGGUACCUGGUGUCCCACAAGGCAUGGAUGAAGACGGUGCCCACAGAGAACUGCGACGUGUUGAUGACCUUCCCAGACACGACCGAUGACCACACGCUGCUAUGGCUGCUGAACCACAUCCGCGUGGGCAUCCCCGAGCUCAUCGUGCAAGUCCGCCACCAUCGCCACACGCGUGCCUACGCCUUCUUCGUCACCGCCACGUAUGAGAGCCUACUCAGAGGGGCCGACGAGCUGGGUCUGCGCAAAGCAGUGAAGACUGAGUUUGGCGGGGGCACCCGCGGCUUCUCCUGCGAGGAGGACUUCAUCUACGAGAAUGUGGAGAGUGAGCUGCGCUUCUUCACCUCCCAGGAGCGCCAGAGCAUCAUCCGCUUCUGGCUGCAGAACCUCCGUGCCAAGCAGGGAGAGGCACUGCACAAUGUGCGCUUUCUGGAGGACCAGCCAAUCAUCCCUGAACUGGCGGCCCGCGGGAUCAUCCAGCAGGUGUUCCCAGUCCACGAGCAGCGCAUCCUGAACCGCCUCAUGAAGUCAUGGGUGCAGGCUGUGUGUGAAAACCAGCCUCUAGAUGAGAUCUGCGACUACUUUGGCGUGAAGAUUGCCAUGUACUUCGCCUGGCUGGGUUUCUACACAUCGGCGAUGGUGUACCCGGCGGUCUUCGGCUCUGUCCUGUACACAUUCACAGAGGCUGAUCAGACGAGCCGGGAUGUAUCCUGCGUGGUCUUUGCCCUCUUCAACGUGGUCUGGUCAACGCUCUUCUUGGAGGAGUGGAAACGGAGGGGAGCAGAGCUGGCCUACAAGUGGGGGACGCUGGACUCACCCGGGGAAGCUGUGGAGGAGCCACGGCCCCAGUUCAGGGGCGUGCGGCGCAUCAGCCCUGUGACUCGGGCCGAGGAGUUCUACUACCCGCCCUGGAAGCGGCUGCUUUUCCAGCUGCUUGUGAGUCUCCCCUUGUGCCUCACCUGCCUGGCCUGUGUGUUCCUGCUCAUGCUCGGCUGCUUCCAGCUGCAGGAGCUGGUGCUGAGUGUGAAGGGGCUGCCCCGUCUCGCCCGCUUCCUGCCCAAGGUCAUGCUGGCCCUGCUGGUCAGUGCAAGUGCCGAGGGCUACAAGAAGCUGGCCGUCUGGCUCAACGACAUGGAGAACUACCGGCUGGAGAGCGCCUACGAGAAGCACCUCAUCAUCAAGGUUGUCCUGUUCCAAUUCGUCAACUCAUACCUGAGCCUCUUCUACAUUGGCUUCUACCUCAAGGACAUGGAGCGCCUGAAAGAGAUGCUGGCCACGCUGCUGAUCACCCGCCAGUUCCUCCAGAAUGUUCGAGAGGUCUUGCAGCCGCACCUGUACCGGCGGCUGGGCCGUGGCGAGAUUGGCCUGCGGGCUGCCUGGGAGCUGGCCCGUGCCCUGCUUGGCCUACUGAGCCUCCGGCGCCCUGCACGCCACCUCGAAGCCCAGGCUGAAGAGGGUGUCGGUGGCAGCAGCGGUGGGGGGGGCCGCAGGUGUCUCAGUGGGGCCUGCGGGGCACCUGAGGAGGAGGAGGAGGCCACCAUGGAGCGUCGGCCAGCGGGGGAAGGUGGGGAGGUGGGGGACGGGCCUCGGGGGGGCAGGGAGGAGGAGGAGGACGAGGAGGAGGAGGAGGACGAAGAGGAGGAGGACGAGGAGGAGGAAGGCGAGGAGGGCGGCCUCCUGGACUGCGGGCUUCGGCUGAAGAAGGUCAGCUUUGCUGAGCGGGGGGCUGGGCGGCGGCGGCUGGGCCCAAGCCCGGAGGCCCUCCUGGAGGAGGGGAGCCCCACCAUGGUGGAGAAGGGGCUGGAAGCUGGCGUGUUCACGCUGGCCGAGGAGGACGAUGAGGCCGAGGGGGCUCCCAGCAGCCCUGAACGGGAGCCCCCGGCUGUCCUGCUCCGCCGGGCCAGAGGUGAGGGCCGCGACCAGGGCCCCGAUGGGGGCCCAGACCCAGAGCCGGGCUUGGGUGACUCAGCCCGGAAGCAGCGGCGGCAGAACCGGUCAUCUUGGAUCGACCCACCCGAGGAGGAACACUCGGCCCAGCUCACCCAGGCUGAGCUCGAGAGCUGUAUGAAGAAAUACGAGGACACAUUCCAGGACUACCAGGAGAUGUUUGUGCAGUUUGGCUACGUCGUGCUCUUCUCGUCUGCCUUCCCCCUGGCUGCCCUCUGCGCCCUCAUCAACAACCUCAUCGAGAUCCGCAGUGACGCCCUCAAGCUGUGCACGGGGCUGCAGCGGCCCUUUGGGCAGCGGGUGGAGAGCAUUGGCCAGUGGCAGAAGGUGAUGGAGGUCAUGGGCGUCCUGGCAAUCGUAGUCAACUGCUAUCUAAUUGGCCAGUGUGGGCAGCUGCAGCGCCUCUUCCCCUGGCUCAGCCCCGAGGCGGCCAUCGUGUCCGUGGUGGUGCUUGAGCACUUCGCUCUGCUUCUCAAGUACCUCAUCCACGUGGCCAUCCCCGACAUCCCGGGCUGGGUGGCUGAGGAGAUGGCCAAGCUGGAGUACCAGCGCCGGGAGGCCUUCAAGAGACAUGAGCGCCAGGCCCAGCACCGCUACCAGCAGCAGCAGCGGCGGAGGCGAGAGGAGGAGGAACGCCAGCGCCACGCAGAACAUCAUGCCCGCAGGGAGCGCGACGCCAGUGGCCGGGAGGAAGCUCGGGCUGAGGGCUCCGGGUUGGACCCUGCUGCCCCAGAGAAGGCCUCGGCCAAGGCCAAGGGCAGUGGGGCGGCAGGAGGCCAUGGGCCGGAGCGGCCCAAGCGCCCGGGGUCCCUGCUGGCACCUAACAACGUCAUGAAGCUGAAGCAGAUCAUCCCACUGCAGGGCAAGUUCCUGUCGUCCGGGGCUGCAUCCUCGCUGGCCGGCGCGGGGGCCAACCUCACUGCCCGGCCGCCCCCUGCCCCGUCUCCCACAGGCAGUGACACCCGCCUGCCGGCCUUCCUCAGCUUCAAAUUCCUCAAGUCACCCGAGACCCGGCGGGACCCAGAGCGUAGCCACUCGCCGCCCAAGGCCUUCCACGCCAGCAAGCUCUUCCCCUUCGGCGGGGCCCGGGCUGAGGCCGGGUCCAACGGGGCGGGCGGGCAGGCCCGGCAGGACGGGACCCCCAGCGGUGGCAGUGGUGGUAGCCGAGCCCAGCGGAGUGGGCCGGCAGACGAGGCCGCAGCUGAGGAGCCGGACACACCCCGGCCCGAAGAGGAAGGCUCAGGGACAGCGCCGGCCCCGGUGGGCGCCCCGGCCCUCCGCACCCGCCGCAGCCGGAGCCCUGCGCCGCCGCCGCCGCCGCCGCCAACACCGCUGCCCCGGCCCCCGACGCCACCCGCCGGCUGCUGGCAGUGGGACGGGCCGUGGGGCUGCGGGGGCGAGGGCGCCGCCCCCCGCCAGGCCCCUGCCGCCGCCGCCGCCGCCGAGUGUCCGCCCUGCGCCCUCGCCGGGCCCCUGCCCGCCCCGGCAGCUGGCGUCCUGCCGGGGGCCGCCAGCUUCUACAGCCUCCCGCCGCCGCCGCUGCCUCCCACCUCCGAGCCCCCGGAGCCCCCGGCACCGUCGCCCAGCCCCAGCUCCAGUCCCAGUCCCAGUCCCCAGGCCGUGUGCUGGCCCAGCGGCUGGCAUUAGCUCCGCCCGCCCUGCCUUCCUGUUUUCAUAUGCAAUAUCAAUCACGGACGGGGCGGCAGCCGCCACCCAGAAAACGCUGCUGUCGGUGUAUCCCAGUAUUGGCUGCCCCCUCCUGGGUCAGGGCCGGGGGCCUGGGGCCCCUCUAUCUGCCGUUUUCCUUUCGACCAGGAUGGGGGGAAAGGAAAGGAACCCCCCCAAAACAACAGAAAACACACACAGAAUAGGCGAUUAUUUAUUUGUUUUUAAUUUAUUUUGUCAUAUUUUUGUAAAACGGCAGAAAUGCAAUAAAAAGUAUAUUUCAACAGUG